AUGGGUAAACAAUAUAUAUCAACAGUAUCAACAACCCAAGCUCAUAAAUCAGAUAUAACUGGGGUAGAGAUCACAAAUAAACACACAAUAACAGUAUCAAGUGAUGGUUAUAUAAAUUUUUGGGAUAAUAAACAAGAUGAAAUACAUGUACCAAAAGAUCAUGUAACUUCAAUAUUUAUAAAUAAAAGUGGGAUUCAUCACUUUAGUAUAUAUGAAAACAAAUUACCUAGCUCAUCUAUAAAGAUAACUUUGAUAGCUAUAUCUUGUUUCAAUGGGGAAUUGGUAUUUAAAUAUUUCUUAAAUGAUGAUGUAUCUGCUAUAAAGGAUUAUGAAGGAUUAAAAGUGAGUAAGACUUGGGUACCUGGCUUUUACAAAGAUCCAGCUUCAAAACAAGAUUAUUUUUUAGUAAACAAAAUGAAUUCUAUAACAGAAGUUUACAAAUUAAAAAUUGAACCGCUUGCAGAAAAUGAGAUAUCUAUAUCAUUUGAAAAACAUGGUGAUUUAAAUUCAUCUACUUCAAAAUCAUCUACAAUCACCUCAACACAAUCACAAUCACAAUCAUUUGCAAUUUCCCUAGCUAUAAAUCAGACAGACAAUAAAAAAUGUGCCAUAGGUUAUGUAAAUGGAGAUGUUUACUUAUAUGAUUUUGAAAAUCUAAAAUUAAUAUAUUCUUUCAAAUCAACGGAUUUGGUCAUAAGUAGAUCCACGUCCGGCUCAUCAACAUCAAUUCCACGUGUUUUGAAGUUUUCACCAGGUGGAACUCUUUUAGCUGUUGGAAGAGACAAUCAAUCUUCAGGUUCAAUAACAUUGUAUGAUGUGCAACAUGGUGAAAAUGUUGGUAGUUUAACGACACCUUCACAUUCUGCCGCUACGAAUGUAAUAGGUGGUUUUGCUCAUCAAGGUUGGGUAUUAGGAAUUGAUUUUGAUUCAGAAGGUAAAAAUUUAGUAAGUUGUGGAUUUGAUAAAUGUGUUAGAGUAUGGAAUUUAGAUACCUUUGAAAGAGAAGCAACUUUGAAUAUAUCUAUAACUGAUUUAGAUCAUGGGAAAGAAGAUGUUGUUGAAGAACAAGAUGAAAGCAUACCUAGUGGUGUAAAAUUUAUUGGUAAGGGUGUAAGAGGAGGUUUGGGUGGUGAUUCAAAUGAGGGAAUAUGUGUAAUAAGCUUUGAUAGAGGUAUAAGAUGGUAUAGAGAAGCAGGCGGUGUGUAA